UUACUACAGCAUUUUCAAGCAGUGCUGAACCAGGUCAGGAGUGGCAGGCUAAUCUUGGAUAGCUACAGUACCAUUCACCUUUACUACAAAAGAAAACCUCAGGAGAAGAUGUGGACUCAAUCAGAAAGCAGUUCAGAAGUUGAGGACAUGGACACCUCAGACAUGCCUGUUAUGACAGAUUACAAAACAAAUCCAUGGCUUUGGUUCUACCUGGAUGAAAGGGGAACGUGGCACAUGUUUGAGAAUGAUCAAAUGGAAAGAAAUUCUCUGACCAGUGAGGACAUUGAAAGGUAUUACACAAGAAAUCCAAAAGGAGUGUUACAGAUAUCCACAUCCAGAGGCAUCAACAAGCUGGAUUUUGCUGAGAUGGUUCUGACUGACAUCAAAACAAGGAAGCAGAGGCGAAUCAAACGAUCCAACAAGACUCACAAAACUGGGAAUAGUGGAAGAUGCUCUUGUGUUGGUUCAGUGCCCACACACUGGGAAGCAGUGGACACCAAAUACCCCUAUCAGGUGUUCUGUCUGAAGAGAGACACAGCUGAAUAUAAUUAUGUGGCAGGCUGCUUAAAGGAGGGGGAACUAGACAGACGCAUCAAAUCCAUCUGUAGAAUACAGAACCUGGACCUCUGGGAAUUUUACUGUAGGAAAAAGAUUCAGUUGGGAAGGAUUCAAGGUGUUACAGAGGUCAAGGAGGAGAAGCUGUUUCAUGGAACAAAAAUCGGCAACGUACACUCAAUUUGUACAUACAAUUUUGACAACAGGUUAGCUGGUAUCAACGGCCAUAUUCUUGGAAAAGGAACCUACUUUGCAAGAUUUGCCUCAUAUGCAGAUAAGUACAGUCCAUGGAACACUGAUCCAGUACCUCUGUUUGGUGAGGCACCACAAGGCUUCAGUAGCCAAAAGACCAAAACAAUGUUUCUGUGCAAGGUGAUAGUUGGGAAAACUACACUGGGAAAGACAGAUUUCCUCAAGCCUGAUGACAAAAGUGCUAUUAACUUCCAUGACAGUUGUGUGGACAAUGUCAUGUAUCCCAGAAUUUUUGUCAUAUUUGAUCCCAAUCAGAUAUAUCCAGAGUACUUAAUUCAGUACUAUUGAAAUAAAGAUGGAGACCGAGUGACCUACAAUGAGUUGCCAUGUGCAAUAUGAACUGUAAGCCUGUCAUUGGAAUACGUUGAAUGGACAUUUUGCAUUCAAAUUAAUGGAAUUUCUAUUCACUGUUGUUUUAAACAGUGGUCCAUUCUCAAUGUAAAUAAUUUCUAUCACGAUGGAUUGUGUAAUAGGCUAUUGCGGUGGUGUCGGAAUAGGGCGGCGCUCAGGGGCUGUGGGUGUGGGUGUUUGAGUGAGAAAGACAAGGAGGAGAACCAACAAGUCAGCACAGCCCCCUUCAUUAUCGACGCAUUGUGCCGACAACAUGAAAGAGCCAUUCCAGACUCUGAAGCAGGAGGAUUUUGAAAGUUAGGUGUUAGCCAGACUAGUUAGCCUACAGUAGGAAAGGUUGUGGCCUAGUAAAAAAAGAUUUUCAGAGCACUGGCAGUAGAGGUCGCUGUUGACCUUGAUGCGCACCUGUAGGCCCCUUCUCAUGAUUGAAGAUGAGAUGCUAAAAUGCUCGAUUUCUGUCAACUCAGGGCAGUCACUCUGCUGU